UCACGCUCACACUGCUUGUGUUUCUGCUGCAGGGAAUGGCCCUGCGCGCUGGGCUUCGCUGCUUCCAGUGCCCCCUCUGCCGAGACAGAGACACAUUUUUAGGAGAAUUGUUCAGCAUGGGGAUCCGAAUCCCAGACAGAAGUCCAAUGUGGGAGGAGAACAAUGCUUAUGCAUCUCUGGGAGGAAGGCACGGGAGCUGUGAUGCCAGCGUCUGCCGUUACCCACGUGGCAGGGAGCAGGCAGAGGAAGCGGGGCCCUGGGAGCUGCUCCUCUGCUGCUCCUGUGCUGCACAAGGCACCCAUCGACUCUGCUCCAACUUGAGUCAGAGCACAACCAGCUGGGAGUGCAACGCCUGUGCUGGAGAGGGCACCGGCCCCAGCACCAACUAGGUUCUUGCCAGACAUAGCGCCACCAGCCAGCAGGAACUGGGGCAAUUCUGAGGCACCACAGCACUGGAGAGAAGCAGCUCCAGCACCACCAGCCAGGCACCACUGACACCAGCACACGGUUCCCAUGUGCCUGAAAACAGUGUCCUGUCCAGCCAGCGCAGGAUGGAGCAGAGGAGAACCAGCCCACGUUUACACCAGGAAGAGAACGCCUGCAAUCAGCCCCGAGGACACCGUGGGAGCUGCCGGAAUGCUACCUCCACUGAUGAGGGCAGCACCCCAAACUCUGCCAGCCAGGGGACAUCAGAGUCCUCGCGGCACUCCCCUGCAGCUGGCUACAACCUCCGGUGCAGACAGGGACUGCGGGCCCGGACACAAAGCCGCUCUCCGUUGCAGCGCCGGGCCCCACGUUCUCCAAGCCAGCCCCAAACACACCGUGGGAGCAGGCAGGAAUCAACCCUAAGUGCCGAGAGCUGCAGCCACAGCUACACCAGACCAGGAGCACCAGGGGCCUCAGGGGAUUCCACAGAGGCUGCUGGAAGCCGGUCCAGGCAGCCAGGGUGGGUCCGGACUCGAAGCCUGCUGAGACCCACAGCCAGCCCCGAAGACGCCGCAGGAGCCGGUCCAGGCGGCGAGGGCCAGCCCAGGGGCGAAGCCGCUCCCGGGUACCACGUCGGGCCCGGAACAUCAACAGCCGGCCCCGGUGAUGCUAUAGGAGCAGCUGCGUGCAAGCUCCACUUGUCCAAACCUGUCCAAAGUCAUCAGAGUCUAUCACAAUAAAACAGAGUUCCAUCAUGCCACUGUCGCUUUCAUUCUUCUCUGCCUUUCCCGAGGUGGGCAGCUUUGGGGGCUGGAACCACGGGGAUCCCUUCCCCCCAGCACCCAACCCAUUCCUUCCUCCCCGCAGCCCGCUUCAGGCUGAGCUGGGUUCUGGCCCCGACUCCAGCGGGGUCACAACGUUUCCAACGUGCAACGUGGUGGAGGCCAGGCUGGCAGCUGCAGCCCCGUUCUGGGGGUGUUUCUGACAUCUUGGGGACGUCGCUGUGUUUGGGACAUGCAGGCAGCCCCGGGGCUGCUGCCGGCUGUGGGGUGGGCCAGGACCCGGGCUUUCCUCCUGCAUUCGGGCAGUGCCUCAGGUCUGCUGCCACUGCUCGUCAACGUGACGUCCAUCGUAUAUUUGCUUGGUCCAACUGUCUAGAAAAAUAACCCGCUGGUCUCUCCCUGGGUCCGGUGUGUUCUACCAACUCUCCCAGUGCAAAGUGACGUCUUUCAUGCCCAUCCAAUUCAAAAGGCUUUCCCAGACUGGGCCGUCCUAGAGCAGGGAUAGACUUCAGAGCUGCUCUCAGUUGAAUAAAGGCUGUUUGGCAUUCUCGGUUCCAGUCCCAAAUUUCUUCUUCUCCUUUCACAGCUUCAUAUUCCACCGUCCUCCAUCAGUCCACAGUUUGGUACCCAUCAUCGACAGCAUCCUGCCAUACCUAAGGAAGCUCGCAUUAACCAUUUUGACUUUGGCUCUGGUAUUUGAUAUAUGGCUUCCUUGCGCUCUCCCUGCAGGCUUUGGUAUCCCCAGGGGUGGUAAAACCAACACGAAUCACAGACUGACAAGCUAUUGGUGCUUUCUUCUUGGAUACUCCGCCUCCCGCCAAGCUCGGAAAAUUGAGGAGACUUGUUGUCACUUGUGUUCUUUCCUCCCUUGUCUCAGCACCUAGAAGGAGUUCAUCUGCACCUUGGCGCAGUGUAGCUUCCAGCAGCUUGUGCCACCAUCCCUCCAGUUCCUUAGCAAGCUGAUUCCCAAAUAUGAUGGGGCUAUUUUUAAAGCCCUGGGGGAGCACAGUCCAGCACCACUGUGUUUUCCUUCCAGUUUGGGGGUUUUCACACUGCAACACAGAGGAGAGUAUGUGGGGUUUUCCAUAAGGGGAUGUACUUCCAUCACAAGUUGACUUAUAGCCCUUCCAUCCUGAACCAACUGACAUUCUGUGGAGUGAGGCUUUCUGGUUGG